UAAUUUAUUGCCCAUAUAAAUCAAACUCUCAGCACAGUAGCGUAUUCAGUUCACUGAUUUAUAUUUAGUUAAAAGUUACCAUAGAGAAUUAGUAUUAUUUUGUUUACGAGAAAAAUGGAGCCUGCAUCUACUCUUAAAACUAAGUGGGAAGGCAGCGAGAUUAAAACAAUGCUUGGCAUUGUCCAAGAAAUGAAUUUGGUUGGUCUGCUUGACCAAAAGAAGUCCAGGUCAGAAGUUCUGUACAAAGAGGUUGAGAAACAGUUGACAGCAAAAGGAUAUGAAAAAAGGUUUGAGAACACCAUUGUUAUGUUAUUAAGUGGCAGCCUAUUGAUUCCAAAUUUCAGAAAAAUGUGUUGGCUUUUUAGCAAAAUAUCAUCAUUUACAAAUUUCCAACAAAUACGUAAUAAAGUCAAGGCGUUGCGUUCCAAUUUCAACAAGAUAGUACGUCUGAAUUCUGUCAGUGGGGCGGCUCACAAAACAUGCGAGUAUUACGAUGAGCUCUAUGAAAUUUUCGGCCAUCGUCCAGCAGUUGAUUAUACCCAUAUGGGAGUCAAUUUUGGAAUCACCAACACGGUGUCACUAGAAAUCGAGGAAUCACAGAAUGAAAUGCUUUUUAGCACACCAGAAGAUCAAGGUGCUGAAGAAGGGGCAACUUCAUGCUCAGGUGGUGAAGAAGGGGCAACGUCAUGCUCAGGUGCUGAAGAAGGGGCAACUUCCAGUACCGACAUUUCAUCUAAUUAUGGCGAGAAUUCAGAUUCUGGAAAAAGACAUUCUGUUGACUUGGAAAGCCUUUUCGAAAAGCAACGAAUAUGGGAAGAAAAUAUGAUGCGUGAACAAAUGGAAGCUCAUGCCAAAUUAUUACGAAAGGCUGUGCAAGAGAUGGGAUCGGUAUUUUCUGCAUGCGUUUCACAGCUUUCGAAAACUCAAGACACCAACAAAUGAAUCUCAAGUUUACUGGGCCACAACAACCAUACUCAAGUGUCGAAAAUGCGUUUAUUCUCAAAAUGACAAAUUGAAAUUGGUGCAUGCUACAAUAAAUAUAAAAACCAAAA